CCACGAGCCCGUUGCCAGACACUUUCACAGCCCAUCGCCAUAUAUUCGCGUCGCGCGGACCGCGUGAUCAGACCGGAAUAGUCAUCAGUCGAUGGACCUCGGGCAUCACUCCAUCCAGCUCAGUGCGGGCCCUGGCUCGCCGGCUGCCGCGACGGCGCCGCAGCCGGGCGACGGCGGCACGAUGAGCCCCGAGCUGUACCUUGCCCUGUGCCGGGGGAGAAAGAAGGAAGCCAUGGCGCUGCUUCGGCAACAGCACGGUGCCGCCGCCGCUAAUCAGGUUGCCGGCAUACAGCAAGUCAGCGCAGAGGGGAACAACGUUCUUCAUUUGGCCGCGGAGCACGGGCACGACAAGCUCAUCCACUGUCUCAUGAGCUUCGGGGACAGGAGCUUGCUCUCUUCCCGGAACUCGACUCUGGACACACCUCUGCACUGCGCGGCGAGGGCAGGGCAUGGCAAGGCCGUGUCCCUCCUCGUCCAGCUCUCGUGCGAGGGCGGAGAUGAUAGCACCUUGUGGUGCAAGAACGAGGCAGGGAACACGGCCCUUCAUCUGGCGGCGAGGCUCGGCCAUGGCGCAUCAGUUGAGGCUAUCGUUUCUGUGGCACCGGGGCUAGCCUUUGAGGUUAACAACACCGGCGUGUCGGUGCUGUACUUGGCGGUGAUGAGCGGAUCUUUGCCAACCGUCAGAUCGAUAACGACCAGGUGCGGCAACGCGUCGGCUGCCGGCCUGAGCUCACAGAAUGCUUUGCACGCCGCCGUCUUCCAGGGCUCAGAAAUGGUGAGGCUACUACUGGAGUGGACGCCAUGUGGCCCAUCCCUGGCUAGCCAAGCCGACGGCACCGGCAGCACUCCGCUUCAUUUCGCCUCGUCCACCGGCGACCACCUCUCCGUCGUAGGCGCCAUCCUACGCGCCGUGCCGCCGUGCGUGGUGCGCAUGCGGGACUCCGGCGGCCUCUCCGCUCUCCAUGUCGCGGCGGGGAUGGGCCACGACCGCGUCGCCGAGUCGCUGAUCAAGGCCUGCCCCGACGCCGCCGAGCUCCGGGACGACCACGGCGGGACCUUCUUGCACGCCGCGGCCAGGGGAGGCCACCUCAAGGUGGUGCGGCUGGCCAUCAAGAAACGGACGUUGCGUGGCCUCCUGAACGCGCAGGACGGGGACGGCAACACGCCCCUCCACCUCGCGGUGGCUGCGGGCGCGCCGGCCGUUGCGGAGGCCCUGAUGGGGAAGGGCAAAGUGCGGGACGACAUCAUGAACAAUGACGGCCAGACGCCGUUGGACCUCGCUGUGAGAUCGACCAGCUUCUUCUCCAUGGUCAGCUUGGUGGCGACGCUGGCCGCGUUCGGAGCACAGUCCCGUCCCGAGAGGCGGGACCGCGUGCAGCAGUGGGACGGCCGCGAGAUAACGAAGGCGAUAGAGAAGACGUCCGACAGCCUCGCGGUGAUCGCCGUCCUCGUCGCCAGUGUCGCCUUCACCGCCGCCAACAACCUGCCCGGCUCGUACGAGCAGAGCGGCGGCGGCACCGAUCCCGAAGGGAAGGAGGUCAUCAAAGGCAUGGCGGUCCUCCAGAACGAGGCCAUCUUCAAGUGCUUCCUCAUCCUGGACAGCUUCGCCCUGGUGACCUCCGUGCUCGCGGUGGUGCUGCUCCUCUACGGCAAGGCGUCGCGCUCCGCCGGGUCAUGGAGAACCUUCGCGGCGGCGUUGCACUGCCUGUGGCUGUCCCUGGUGAGCAUGGUCCUGGCAUUCUACGCGGCCCUGGCCGCCGUCACGAGCACGGCGGCUGUCCGCAGCAUCGCCUACAACAUCAUACGCAAUGCCCUUUUCGUGCUGUUGGCCGUGGUCUCGCACUUUGUCAGCCCUCGGGUGUCGUCCCGCACGCUAUCCAAGUACCUGUGGCAAUGUGGCUCUAGAGGACGGCGCAGUGUCGUCGUGCAGCAAUAUCCACUCGUCGGCGCUUUCAUGCGCAACCUGAUUCUGUUCAGGGUUGCAAAUUAUGUUGUAGUGCUUGUGGGCGUUACCACGGUCUUAGCACUUCGGUGACCAUGUGGCAAGAAGGGAGAUGAAGCAUUUUAUAUAACAAGAAUAUUUUGAAUAUUCAUAUGACCCAUGUACUAUUUUGUAUGAGAGAUUUUCUUAUUUGGCCCUAUUU